AUGGACUCCAGGGAAGACUUUUUGGUGCCAGUUCUGUAUAGCCAAUGGAGAGCUAUCCUGUCAAAUGUAUCAGUUGAUAUGGCUCUCGGGGUUCCAUUUAAUAUUGCAUCUUAUGCAUUAUUAACAUCCAUGAUUGCUCAUGUUUGUGAUCUUAUUCCGGGUGAUUUUGUUCGUGUUAUUGGGGAUGGUUAUGUUCACGACAACCUUAUCAGGGUGCUGCAGGAGCAGCUAAUUCAGCAGCGUCCUAAAGCCUUCCCUAUCUUGAGGAUCAAUCCAGAGAAGGACAUAGUUUCAUUUGUGGCAUCUGACUUUGAACUAGUUGGUUAUAAUCUUCACAAGAUAGGAGAUGAAAAUGGCUGUCCGGAGUUUUGA